GAAUGAGCAAGCAGCUAAUAUCACUACAUCUAUAAGUACUACAGUCAACAAAAAUACAUCAACAUCAAAAACAUCCAGCAAUUCCAAAGAACGUACAACGAGUUCUGCGACCUCACCGUCAGCGAAGAAAGCUAAAACAACUACCUCCACUAGUACUUCCUCUGCCGAGCACACGCCCAGCACGUCCUCAAAGGAUUCCUGCCCCUCCACGACCACGGGUCCGACGGCGCCUGACACGGCCACCUCAUCAGUCUCAGCAAUUGCGGUCGCUGCAGAAGGAGAGCACAACGGGACCACGGCGGCACCAGAAGUGAUUGAAAAUCUUCAUGGGAACAAAGUGAAAGAAGUUAUUGGAGAAGCGGGUGGUCAUGGUCUAAAAAAAGACGAGGUGCUAGUUUCGCCGUCUCCUCCGUCGUCUGGUCUUCCCUCAUCAGAUACUGCCACGUCUGCACGAGUACUAGAAUAUGUCAAAGCCACAGGAGCGGCUGACGAUAUCGAGCCGAAACCGGACUCUUCUACUUCGGCAACUAUAACGCCUUCGAGCGUGCUCAAGGACAAACACGAAGAUCGCGGAACAGCAGGAAAAGAAGAUAGUCCACCUCUAGUAAAGCAACAAAAAAAGGAAGAUACGACCCCCGUCAAGGUGACGACUCGUCCCUCGACCGAGGCAAACAAGGAGUUAGCAAUUCAAGAAUUGUGCCGCAAUUUACUAGAGAUAAGUUGUGACGAGUCUGAAGAGCAGUACGGCUGGACACCCCGACAGUUCUUUGGCGCUGGCAGUAAGAACACGAAGACAACAUCAACAGGAGAGGACGACGCUGAUGUAUGGUGCCACGACUGAUUGAGAACGAAGGAAAGGGAACAUGUCGUUCCUAAGAAAGAAAGGAACGACAUUCAUUCAUCUCCUAUCGAGGACAUGAUUCUCAAUCAGUGGCAUCGUUCAGCAGUGCUGAAGAAGAAGCUUUCUGCACCACUGGAGUUCGAUGCUUUGAAUGAGAC